UCACUCUCAUUACGUCUAUCUUCGGUUGAAAGUUGUUUUUUUUCCUUUUCAUAUAUUAUCUAAACUAAUUUUCAAAUUUAUCUUUAAUCUUAGGAAAACUUUGGUUUCAUCUAUACAUCGUAUGUUAGAGGACAAAAUUCAAUUGCUUUUGAUGUGAGAUGAAAUAAUGAAUGAAAUUGAACAUGCAUGACUUUGAAUGUCCUUUUAUAGCACUCAAAAUUCUACUAGGUCGAAACUUCCACGACUCCACCACCUAUAUCUUAGUGUUGAUGAAGCUUAAGGCAGCAAGUCAAAAGUAAGCCUCAAUUUCUUAAAUAAACAAAGCCUUCCACGCUUUUCCAAUUCAUAUUUCACCCAAUUACGUAUUUAUAUAUAUAUGCUUUCUUCUUCGCAUGUAAUUCCAAUUCAUUGCAUUGCUUGAAUUUGGCCUCCCAUUUUUUAUAGUUAACUUUCUAAUCUAUGAUGAUGAUGGAGAUUAGCCAUUUUCAAGGAAUGGUAGCUACUGCUGCCGUGUUCAUCCUCGUACAGAUUCUUGUUUAUCUAAUUCUCUCUAAAUCUUCCCAAGUCUUCUCUAAGAAGAUGAACAGGUCUCUUAGUUUUCGACAGGUCCAAUCUCUGAGCCGGAUUAUUAAACCUCUCUCCGACUUCCCCUCCAGCAGCGACAGCAGUGAAACGACAUUCGAUGAAGGCAGUUCUUAAAGGAAGCUGCCCAUGGAUUUCUUCUUCUGUUAUCUCUCAUUUGUUUUCUUCUUUUUUUUUUUUUUUUUUUUUAAAUUAUUUUGUGAAUAAUUAUGCAUAUUCAUUCUAUUGGUAAAGUGGGUUAAAUAUUUGGGGUUUCCUUACCAUGUUUGAUAAUUUCGAUCAUCCAUGAAUGAAACCAAAUUGAGUUUUUCUCUUUCUUCUUUACUGCCCUUUAAAAGAGGGCGUGGCAUAACUGAAACUGAAAAAUGAGUUGGAUUAUGGAUAUGUUUGAUAUGUUUGAAACAUCAUUCUAAGUGCUCGAAAACCGUUUUUAA